AUGGCUGACAUGAAUUUUGAUGAGAUUCUUGAGGUUCCUGACACUCCUGACCAACAGCAGUCAAAAUACCAUGUUUCCAGCUCUAUUGUUGGGAGGGAUGAUACAAUGGCAGCUGCUAAUCCAUCACCAGUGCGCAAACUUAGAAUUAGAUUCAAGAACAAUUCCCUGCAUGGUUCAAGUCAAAAUAAUGCUUGUAGUGUAUUGCCUGCAGCUUCAGAUACUGAUCAUAUUUUCAAACAAGCUGAAACAGCACAGAUUCUGGAACUGAAAGACUAUAAUGCAAAAAUUUCCCUAAAGAAAUCUGUCAGGACAGGGAUAUCUGUUGACAAUGAAAAGAGGGCUGAAAAACAUGGCUUGGAUCAGAGCAGAAGCAUUUCGAACAACAUAAGUUGUAGUGUGACUGGAGGAAGGAAACCUACCUUCCAAGCUAAAGAUGGAGAGGUUGUUCAGCAAGAUGCAGGUCAUCAGAAUGCAAACUUUCUAGGCAUAGGAUCAGGUCUUCCUACUAUCCCAGUGGGAAAACCAGGAAACAGAACAUGCACUAGCACUACUGAUAAGCUGAAAGGUGUAACAGGUGCUGAUGUUUGUCCAGGAUCAAGUUCUGGGGAGAUCAAAGGGGAAGUGACAACUAACAAGGUCAUUGCAGGACCUACAAGCCCUCUAAGCAAUGUGAUUGACCUCACUGAUAAUUCACCAAUAAUGACAAGGCAGAGAUCUAAAGUGAACAAUAAAUUGAUCCCUGGACACAAUAUGGACACAAGGGCCACAAAAAAACUGAGAACAGACACAACUGGCAGGACUUCGGUUCCACCGUCCAAAUAUCAUGCAAACAGCAGCAAUUGUUCUGAAGCUAAUUUAUCAGGCCGCAACAACAAAGGAAAAGGAAUUAGCAGUGAUAUCUUGGAUAGUGAUCAAAUUGGAGAAGCUAAUUUGAGGGGGGUUGAUCUUAGUACUGCUGGAACUUAUGUAAACAAAAACAGUUCUGAUAUAAACGUGGAGCAAGGUUGGAGAACAACACACAACCACACAAGUAAAUUACCCAUUUCAUUUAUGGGUAACGCAACUAGUAGUUCCAGACGGGAAUCUGGAUCUUCCAUGCGAUCUAAUCAAAACCAUGGAUCUGCUGGAGGCAAUCAUAGCUCAGUUAGUGGAGCAACCAUGAUGGUUCCUGAUAGGUUAGGGAAUAAAACAAUAAUGAUUCGUAAAGGAUGGAGAAAAGAAACCUCAACUUCUUCUCAUACUGGUGAAAGCUCUAGUGCUGUGGACGAACCUAGAGGUUCUCUUCAAUCGUCAAAAAUAUCAGCUGGCAGAAAUCAUACCAGUCAUCAGCAUAAUAUUCCUGUAAUAACCAUAGAUGACAUAUUCCCUGAAGCUAGACCUAGUUCGAGUGGAUUCACUAAUGGAACCUCCGUUGAUCCUAACAUAGAAGCACAAUUGGAGUCGGAUGAGUUAUUGGCUCGCCAACUCCAGGAGCAGCUUUACAAUGAAUCUCCUCGUUUUGCCCCAACAGAAGAGAUUGAUGCAAUCGUAGCAAUGUCACUUCAACAUGAAGAAGAUACACAUUGGACAUCUAGGCCUGUAAGGAGGUUCCAAAACAAUACUAGAGAUGCCCGGGCUUCUCGUUUGAGUUCUUAUCGAAAUGCUCUUAGGGCUCGAUUGGCGACAGCAAACGAUAUGAUUUCCCGUCUGCAGAGUACUGCUCCAAUAACACUGGGAUUGGGAGCUGCUUUAGCAAGAUAUCCUGGUGCUUUGCACAUUCAACCAAACAUUGACUUAAAUGACUAUGACGCACUGCUUGCACUGGAUGAAAAUAACCACCAGCACGCUGGUGCUUCAGAAAGCCAGAUCAAUAAUUUGCCGCAGUCAGUAGUUCAGUCCAAUAGCAUUGAAGAUCCAUGUUCUGUCUGCCUUGAAAAUCCUUCCGUGGGAGAUACUAUCCGCCAUUUGCCAUGCUUUCACAAGUUCCAUAAAGAGUGUAUUGACGAGUGGCUUAAAAGAAAGAAACUGUGCCCAGUCUGCAAGUUUGGGAUUAAUUGA